CUUUCCAAACGUGAAACAUUUUCAUUUUACUUUUGUAUGCAAGUAUACACUUUUUUUUGCGUUUUUGAAAGCGACUCAAAGACCCAAAAAAAAGGGGAAAAAACUUACGAAAAAAAUUAUUCAUGUAUGUAUGAAUAACGUGUAUUGUUGACAUAUUGAGAGAUUGUGGCAAUUUAGACCAGACGACACCAUUUAAAAAGCCAUUAGGGCUUACGCCGCCGCCUCAUAAUUGUCGGCGCAACGGCAUCCCGCAUUAGUAGUUGGCCCGUAGUCCGUAUCCAAGUUAACCGUCUUCCAAAUGACUCGGCUCAAGCUGAAACUCUUUGUGCUCAGUUUGUUGGUUGAAAGCUAUAUCUGUCUUCAGGUUGUGAGGCUGGAUCGGUUCACGUUCGAUGCCGAUGAUCCCAGCCUGUUUGUCUCCCAUCUUGCUCUUCUCGAUCAGGGCUACAACAGGAGCUAUUUAACGGGGCAUGUGGUAUUAACUCGCGAUUUGAAUGAACUUUUGAUCACUUCCUCAAUGGACAUCAUCCGGCCCCAUCGCCCGGAAAUGCGCCUCUACAAGGUCACAUUGAAUUUCUGCUCCAUCCUCACCAACGCCUAUAAGAACAAGUUCAUCAAAACAAUGUAUCAUGGCUUUGCGACUUUUCUGGAUGUCAGACCCAAGUGUCCACUUAAGGCAAACUUGAACUAUUCCUAUGCUCGGGCCUAUAUCGAUGAGAAGCUUAUACCCAAUCUAAUACCAGAUUGCACUUAUCGGCUCAAGAUGAGUUUUCAGCAAAAAUCAAAGCAACUAGCUCACAUGCAACUAGACGGGCGAUUGAUUACCAAAUUCUGA